CUAUGGUGAAGUUGCCCCUUGAGGAGGAGAUCAAAACAACAAUCUAGCAGCUUAAUCCUAAUAGCUCGGUAGGAACAGAUGGAUAUAAUGGUCUUAAAAGUCGUUUUGCGAAGCAUAAAAAGCUCGGUGAAAAUGUCAAGUUUAAAUGGGACAAGUCACUUGGGACUUGACCCAAUUGGUCAUUACGCAGCCCGGUCCAAAGCAUCCCAAAAACAAUGAAGAGGAAGCCGUCCAAACAAAGAAACGGAGUCAAGACCUGUGCAUUCCUUCGUGUGUACCUGCGGCAGCCCAAUCCACCAGUCCAGCAGCUGCCCAGGUCUCAAAAAAUCAGCGGAAGAGUCCAGCGGAGUAUGUGUAGCGCAAAGGGGAUUCCACCGUUGAGACGGCAAGAACAGCGUACGAGGCUGAAAUUCUGGAAAUUUGGAGUCCUAAUCCUAGACGAAGGGCUGAUUUCCAGCCCUAUAAAUGCAGCAAGCGGCAGCGAGAGAACGGGGGAAGAAGACACGCGGAAAGCAGCGGCGAAGAAACCAGAGGAAACAGAACAACGGACGCAGCAGAGCAGCUCUAGGCCAGAGUUCUUCUUCCAGCGCCAAUUCUGGGUUCUACCUCUCAAUUAUGAUUUCUUGUUCUAGAAUUAUGAUUGGCUAGACUCUUAAUUUCCAAUUCCAAAUUAAUACUCUAUGAUUUGAUUUGUGAGAUUUUAUGCUUAAUGUUUUAUUUGUCAUGAUAUUCUAUGUUUUUUAUGAGAUACUUUUUAUUGAAUUCAUCAGUUUGAUUAAUUUGGAUGCAUACUUUUUAAUUAAUCUUGUGAGUUUAU